AUGGAGGGCCAUAGACAAGCAAAAAGCAUCGUAAUUGGUGAGUUAACAAAGAAUAUGUACAAGUCAAUCAAAAGAAAUUAUACUCCAAAUGACAUCAUGAAUGACAUGAAUGAUAACUUUGGAGUAACCAUGGGAUACACAGAAGCAUGGAGAUCGAGAGAGAAAGCUUUGCAUCUAGUAAGAGGGAACCCCGAUGAUUCAUAUCAAAAGUUUCCAAUGUAUCUUUACAUGUUGAAGCAAGAAAAUCCAGGAACAAUAGCACACCUACUCACAGACAAGGAAGAUAGAUUCAAAUACAUAUACAUAGCUUUCUCUAACUCAAUCAAGGCAUCAACAUUAGAUUCAAACAACAACAUUUUUGUCUUGGCUUUUGGAAUAGCAGACUCUGAAAAUGAUAACUCGUGGCUUUGGUUUUUCUCCAAAUUGAGAGACACGUAUGGAGAACCCAAAGUUACCUUCAAAGGAUUGGCUGUUGUUUCUAACAGACACAAGAGCAUAGACAAUGCAGUACAUAUGGUGUACCCAAAUGCUUUCUAUGGAGCUUGCAUGUUUCACUUGCUCAAUAAUUUGAAAAGCAAGUAUGGAAGCCAUGGAGAAGAGCUACAAAUGAAUUUCAUUACAGCAGCAAAAGCAUACACAAAAACAGAAUGUGAACACUACAUGAGAGGCCUUGAUAGACUUGACAGAGGCAUUAAACCCUAUUUAGAGAAAGCCAAGUUUGAAACUUGGGCAAGAUCAUACUCACCAACAAAAAGAUACACCAUGAUGACAUCCAACAUCAUGGAAUCACUCAACGCAAACAUGAUGAUAUCUUGGUUGAAUGCCUUAGAAGUUUGGCUCAAAAGUGGGUUUGGAACAACUCAAAUAAUGCAAAUGGAACAUUCACAAAAGUCUCUACAACAACAGAAAAUGAGUUGA